GUACCUUUAAGUGGAGAUGAUUGCACCGAGACGGCCACAUAAUGUGUACGGGGGACUUUAAGAGGGAUGGCCGUGGCUCGGGGCAUGUGCUAUGGGCGAGCCUCGCUGACGCCGAGGUCAUCUUUCAGCCAUUAUCUCGCUACAGGAACAGGGCUGGGAAGAGAGUGUGUGUAUGGACGAGAUACUUCCACAUCGUCGCGUUCGCUAGUGUUGAAAGGUCGGUCGUGUUUGCUGUUUUUCUCAUAGCGAAGCAUGUGUUUGACUCAUUGUUUCCCCUGAAAGGGUCUCGGACGGACCGACGGAGGGCAGCGUGGUUCUCAAUAAAGACCACCUUCAUAGAGACCACCUCUCCAGUGGAUCUCCAGUCGAAGCGUUCAGUGGCUUUUUUUUUUUCUUCCCUACGGCGGGUAUGAAGAGUGAAUUAAGAAAAUGAGAAUUCUACCAAGUACAGUCAUGCUAAACCACACCAAAAAAAGUUCCCAGGGUGGUGAGACUGUUUCCAGGUCAUAGUGCAGUGGGAGGAGACUGGGUCGAGCUCCUCGUUUCCCCUGCCCUGACUAACCUUCUACUCCAACUUACUCCAACCCUGGUCCCGUAACCCUCUGAUACAAAUCGAGGAACCUUACCGACCCUCCCAGCUCUGGGUGUCCCUCUAGAGAAGGUCCCGUUCAACGUUAGCGCGCAGAACAACAACAACAACAACAACAACAACAAGAAGCAGACGCGGGACUUGUUUUACGUGCUAUUUAUGUUCCCCUGACAACAACCAGACGAGUGGCUGCCCGCCUGUUUUCUCCAGCAGUGGUUCGGUGACCAAGCGAUGGCCAUGGUGAGUGGGGGUUGGGGAGAUCCAAAUGGGGGCACCAAUGGUUUUGGGGAUAAGAGCUACCUGAAGGGAGAGGAGGAGGACGGCUCGCCCCAGGCCGGGGGCAGCGACAUGGAGGCCGGGGAAGACGACAAGGCCUGCGUGGUGGACUGCGUGGUCUGCGGGGACAAGUCCAGCGGGAAGCACUACGGCGUGUUCACCUGCGAGGGCUGCAAGAGCUUCUUCAAGAGGAGCAUCAGGCGCAACCUCAACUACACUUGCAGGUCCAACAGGGAGUGCCAGAUCGACCAGCACCACCGCAACCAGUGCCAGUAUUGUCGCCUGAAGAAGUGCUUCCGCGUUGGGAUGCGCAAAGAAGUCCAACGUGGGCGCAUCCCACCACAGCCCAGCCUCAGCCCGUCCAUCACGCCGCUGGGCGGAGCCGGCGGGCUGGGCGGCAUCGGCGGCGAGUACUACAACAACAAUAACAACAACGGGGGCGGCGGCGGCGGCGGCGGGGGCGGUCAGCCGGUGUCGGAGCUCAUCUCCCAGCUCCUGCGCGCCGAGCCCUACCCCAGCAGCCGCUACAGCCACCAGUACAGCCAGCAGGGCGGCGCCGACAACGCCAUGGGCAUCGACAACAUCUGUGAGCUGGCGGCGCGCCUGCUGUUCAGCACCAUCGAGUGGGCCCGCAACAUCCCCUUCUUCCCCGAGCUGCCCGUCUCCGACCAGGUGGCGCUGCUGCGUCUGAGCUGGAGCGAGUUGUUCAUCCUGAACGCGGCUCAGUCGGCCCUCCCGCUCCACAUGGCGCCCCUGCUGGCGGCCGCCGGCUUCCACUCCUCUCCCAUGUCGGCGGAGCGCGUGGUGUCCUUCAUGGACCAGGUGCGCGUCUUCCAGGACCAGGUGGACAAGCUGACCCGGCUCCAGGUGGACUCGGCCGAGUACAGCUGCCUCAAGGCCAUCGCCAUCUUCUCUCCAGACGCCUGCGGGCUGACGGACCCGGCCCACGUGGAGUCCCUGCAGGAGAAGGCGCAGGUGGCCCUGACGGAGUACGAGAGGAUGCAGUACCCCAAUCAGCCACAGCGCUUCGGGCGGCUGCUGCUGCGGCUGCCGGCCCUGCGCGCCGUGCCCGCCAGCCUCAUCUCCCAGCUCUUCUUCAUGCGCCUGGUGGGCAAGACCCCCAUCGAGACGCUCAUCCGGGACAUGCAGCUCUCCGGAAGCUCCAUCAGCUGGCCCUACGUCCCGGGACAGUAGCCCCCCCCCCCCCCCCCAAACCCACCCCUCCUCUCCCCCCCCCCACACCCACCCCCCACCCCCUCUCCUCCCCAGUACACCUUCCUACCCUCGCUCUCGUGCCCUCCCUCCCGGCCGCCCGAUGGGUGAGGUCUCCGUCUCAUUGGGGGUUGUGACGCACAUGGACCAACAGGAACCCUCGUGACUCGACGGCCACGCCAUCUGUGGGGCGCGGCGCGUCCUCCCGCCACUGCCAGCUGGCCGCCGCGCCGUACUGUCGCGCGAGCGCUCGCUCAUCCCCCUCCUCCCCGCGUCGUCACGGUACACGGGUGAACACAGAGUCGCCCCCGGCCCCGCCCCCCUGGUUCUGAUCCGGUGCCAGCCUGGGAGCCUCUUGGUUGCCAGGGCGGCGUGUCCGCUGCCAGGUCCCGGGACGGAGGCCAGGUCGGUCCCGCUGGGGCCCCCUGCGACCCCACGUCAUGUCAACAACAAUUCGCCACGGCGACUAAGGAUGCAGCGUUCCCUAAUGCCGAGGGAGGGCGGAACGUUCUCGCAACCCCCAAAGGAAAACUCUGCUCGUACCCCUUAACCAUUGUCUCCAUUGUAGAUAUUUUGCUACAAUUUUUGGUUCCUUUUUUAUAGACUGAUAUUUAUCAGUGCUGACCAUGGACAUGCACACGGCAACAGACUGGGACGGACGAUGAACCGGUUGAAGGGGAGAAGGGGGGCCACACGCUGCAAGUUCUUAAGGGUCCGCAGGAGGCUUCUGUUAAAGGACAUUGUGCUGUAAGAGAGGAACGCUGUGGUUCUCCUUGGAUGAACUCCUAUAGCAACUGACACUGUGGGGGUGGGGGGGCGUGGAAAAGUGGAAACUUAAAAACGAGAGGGAUAAGAAGAAAUGUACCAAAGUCUAUUUUAUCAUUAUGCGAGUGGGUAUCUUAAUAGAUAUGAUGAAGCUAUCGGUUAGGGAGAGAAGACUUGGGGGGGAUGCCAUGGAAUGACUGCUUGGCCAGCAGAACUUUUACAUUAACAUUCUUUCACAGGGCUUGCACCAACGCUGUUCUCUGAAAACAAAACAUAACUAACGAGAACAGGUGACAAUUUUCAUGACAAACUGACAAUUACCUCACAGGAUUUCAGAAUGAAUUUCAGACUGAUGUUUCCUAAACUCAAACCUCCGUACUCCUUGUUCACCACGAGCCGCCUUCCUUUUAGACAACUGCCUUGUUUUUCAUUAUGAAUUGAUGGAGGAAAAAAAAAAAAAAAAGGCCAUCUGUGUUCCAUCUUUUAAAUGGACCCCACCACCCCUCCCAUAACGAGAGUUUGGACUUGUUCCUCAAACUGGAUUUCUCUGUGAUUUAAAGAUAAUGGAGAGGCUAAGGAUAGCGGGCGUCUUCGGGCUGAAUGCGUAACGGGCAGAUAUUUGCAACUACUGCAGGAAUUUCCAUUGAACAAAAACUCGGCAGGCCAAUGGUAGAAGAUGCUCGAACGCCCUGAUAUCUGUCGCUUAGGUUUUGGUUCUGCUAGUUUGUUGGGCAGGGGUUGAAACUUGAGACAAGUAUUCUCUGUGUAUAUAUCUAAAUAUAUUAAGGGCGACUUCUUCUACUGCAUGUGAAAAUCUUUUUUUUGUUGUAUUUUUUUUUUUUAUCUCUAAUGUUCAUUCUUUAGAAUGUAAGUCUGUAAAAUGGAUUCUUCAACAUUUGAUAUUUUGGUUAACUGUUGUCCUCUUUAAUGUAUUUUUGUUGUUUUAUUGUCGAUAUGUUACAUCAAAAUACCUCUGCUUUCUGGUCUAAUGUCGAAAAAGAGCGAAAUGGGUCUUGAGACCACCAAAGUCAGUAUUUAAUGGAUGGUGACAGCGACACUUACUUGUGUGUUCAAACAAUGCGUUGCUGCAGAGGCUGUUGGACCCUAUGGUCCUGAAGUCUAUUGUAGUUGCACACCAGGGCUUUCCUUGGAGGCUGACGAUAGCCAAAACAAUGAAAUCACUACCAAAUUGACAUACAUUUUUGUAUGUAUUGAUGAUGCAAGUAAAAAAGUGGAGCAUCGUUUUAAAAUGCCAAUGAUUUGAAAUGUAACGUGUAAGGAUACAUAAAUGAUUCUCGGCAAUACCCUUUAUUGCAUUUUGAUUUUGAUUUGUUUUACUCUAAAUCCCCUGAGGAAAAAAACAAGAUGUACAAUUAAUGUUUUCCUAUAUCUUUGGGUUCUUAGUUCUCUAGUUUUAAAAUUUUAAGUGUAUGAAAGCAUUAUUAAAGAUUCAAAACAUCA